CAAUGGAGAAUCUUGUCAUUUCGCACUGGGUUGGAUUGCAUCACCUUGUUGACAAUGGAGGAAUCAAAGGCAGCGCUCAAAAAGCGCAUGUUGGCCACGCCCACCAUCACAAAACAACACAUUACCGCAUCUCACCCACCACCACCACAAUCACAAGCCAAGAGAAAGCUCCCCCCCGCCCUCGCUCCUCCACCUCCAGCCAUCCACGCAGACGUGGCAACAAACACCAAAGUAUACACAAUCAUUAACGCACUGCGAGAAAAGGGCGAGGCAUUGUCGGAAAAGGAGAUUAUGAGAUUGACGGCUGUUCAUAUUGGAGGCACGCCUGGGUUGAGAGAGAUUUUGAGGAAUAAUUUAAAGAUUGAGUUUAUUCCGCAAGACAAGACUUAUCGUUACAAGCCAAAAUACACUAUACGCUCCAAAGAAGACCUCAUCACCCUCCUCCAAUCCCAUGCCUCCCAAGGCGGAAUGGAAAUCAAAGAACUCUUGGAUUCCUGGAGUGGACUUUUGGGUGCCGUUCAAGAGCUGGAAAAGGAGGGACAUGUGCUCGUGCUGAAAACAAAAGACCAGAAACCGAGGAUUGUGUAUUGGAAUGAUAAGAGUUUGAAUUUGGAAAUGUCAAAAGAAUUCCAAAACUACUGGCACGAAAUCCAACUCCCAAAAGAAUCCGAUCUUGCCAAAGAACUCGAACGAGCCGGCCUCAAAUCCAUGGAAGUCUUUGUAGCACCUAAACCCACCGAUAAGCCAAAGGAAUCCAAACGAAGGAGUCAUAAGCGGAUAAAAUUGACGAAUACGCAUUUGGAGGGGUUAGAUAUUUUGGGGCCGAUCAAGUAG